AUUUCGGCAGUAUCGUUAUCGUAAUUAUAUUUUCAAAACUAUCUUUGGAAAUUUGGAAUGACUCAUCCAGACUGGUUUACGAAUGCGUAUAAGCUUUUAUCAAAUGUGAAUUCCUACUGCCAUCGACUGGCUGCCACGAGUAGUACAACUAAAAUUUCGAGUGUCACACGAAGUAAAGAUCCCUGACACGCGAAAUAGAAACUGGCGACCAAAGUAAAAUACGGGACAAGAGCAGGGAAGCUCAUUUCCUAUUAACUCUGUUAUCUUAUAUCCAUUUAUCGAUAGUCUUAAACAAUCGAUAACUAUGACCUCAUGCACAGAAUUGCACAAGCACCGUUCGAUCAGAGGUCUCUCCAAAGUAAUUAAAAGACGUUGCCGUGCAGCAUCCCAACAAAGUGAAAGCAGCCGUCUAUUAAUGGACUAGGCCCGUAAUGUGAUCCGAGAUAUAAUUAGCACGGUUCAGCUGUCUUGUAAGACUCCGUACGUCCCUGAGUCUUUUCCUUGUUUGUGCCGAACAAGAAGGUUGCGUUGCAGCACACAUGAGAAACGUUUUCCAUCACCUCUCCUUGGAUUCUGCCUAUACAGUGUGUUAAAAAUUCAUAAAUUACCAAUUAUGCACAAAGUUCGCUCCCUCUUCCAGGCCUAUCCCUGGGGGACUAAUGUUGCUGCUUAUACAGCACUGUUUGCUGGUGCUGAUUUACUCCAGCAAAGCAUGCUGGGAGAAGACCAAAAGAUGCAAAAUUCAGAAAGAGUGAUAGAAGAGCCAGGUGUCGUGACUGAAAGAAUGAGACCAGCAUCUGAGCUGUUGGAUGGAAGGAAAAAAGUAGAUCUCUACCAGACAGCAAAAGUCAGUCUAAUUGGAUUGUGCUUCCACUCCAACUUCAAUUUCUUUUGGCUGAAUUUCUUGGAACGGGUUUUCCCCGGAGUAAGACCAUUAAGCAUUGGAAAGAAAGUGAUCAGUGACCAGCUGGUGGCUGCUCCAAUAACAAUAGCAGCUUUUUAUACAGGGCUGAGCAUUCUUGAUAGGAAAGAUGAUGUGUUCCAAGAUUUACAUGACAAAUUCUGGCCUUCAUACCAGACAGGGAUUGUCUAUUGGUCAUCGAUGCAGGUGGUGAAUUUCUCCAUUGUCCCCCCUUUCAUGAGGACAGCAUUUAUUGGGGCAUGUGCUUUUAUAUGGACCUCAUUUCUGUGCUAUUUCAGAUGCCAUGACACCGAGCAAGUCCUACAAGCUUUCAAAGAGUCUAUUCCAAUUUACCUUGGCUCUUCCAGACCAGAGAAUGCCAAACUAGAAAAGUGAAAGGGGGAAACGGUCUAACCAGAUCAUUCCAGCAAAAUUCAUACCCAAUACAAUUUUCAUUUGUUUUAUUUACGUUUUAUAGUCUAAUGGUUUAAUGUGUAUAAGUUUACUUUAAAUAUUAGUGCAUUAAACAAAAAUAGCAUUAGUACUCAACUGAGCCUGCAGUUCUUCUUUUCUAUUUUUUAUCUUAGGCAUUAAAACAGGUUCCAAAUAUUGAGAAUGUCAAGUCUUACCUUAUUUUAAGAGUUUUCACCUUUUUAUAAUAUAAUUAAAUAAUGAGAAUUUUUGGCUCUGGUUUCUUUCUUUCUUUAACAAGCAUUAAAGCACUCUAAGGCUGGAAUCCUAAUGUCUCUCUCUCAUUAAAAUGUGUACUCUCUUGUCACAGUACCUCUCUGCCAGUUGUGCCUCCCAACUCUGAACUCCAUGAUCCACUGACAGACAGCAGUUGUUAAGCUUCACCUAGAACUACCAUGCAAGGAAAUCCCAGGAAUUACUUCUAAGGUUUCCCUCUAGUAGCCCAAAGUAAGCCCCUUGUAUGUAACAAAAGAGCCAGGCACCCUUCGUACUGUAGCUCUCUACAGGGGGCUUAAGGGGCUUAAGCUCCUGAUCUCUGGCAUUUAGCUCCUGAUCUUCAAGAGGCCCCCUACACUAUUUGACAUCCAUGUGUGACAAGUUAGUUUUAGCAGAUAUCCUGGGUAUAGCCUCCGUAGUGUUAUUGCAUUAGUUGAUGUGCCAAACCUCAUGGUGGUCUUCCAAACGCAGGCUUCGAUCUGAUUUUCGUGUACAACUCAUGCUAUAAUCAGAGAAGGGGUUAAGCCCAUGAUAUCUGCUAAGACUAACAUGCCACCUGCCUCUAAGAUAGACAGUAGGACCUUACCUGUACCAAAUGGGUACUGUCAUUUGUUUCCUUCUGCUAGUCCCCUAUUAUCUCUCUUUCAGCUUAGUGCCCUAGAGUUAUUACUUCUAGAGUAAAUAGGGUGUACACACCACCAGAAGCUACUAUUUACUCACAGCAAUAGUUAGAGGUGCUCUCCAGUCACUAGUUUGUUUUUUUAAGUAAAGACCCUACUAGGCCCUUCAUGGUGUUAUGAGCCAGUUGUAUGCCCCUGUUUUGUACAACCAUAUGUAUUCAUGUAUUUGGUUCUUUGAAUGACAGAUGCUUAUGAAGUACAUAACACAAACUUAUUUGAGGUAGUCAUCCAUCCUAUGUCCACUUUUGUUUUAUAUUUUUCCAUUACAGACUUGCAGUGAACCAGAGCCUAUAUCCAUGGUAUUGGGUGCAAGUUUUGAAAAAGCCAGUCCAUCUGGGGCACACUUCCUCAUACUAAGUCCAUUAGAUAACAGCUGUAUAGGAUCAUUAGUCAGGUUUUUAAGAAUCAAUAUUAAAAAAAAAAUAUUUGCAGCAGUCUUAACAGCUGGGUGGCAUGGUGGCGCAGUGGUAGCGCUGCUACA